UAAAUUAAAUCUGUAUCAUGUCUGGACGUGGUAAGACCGGAGGAAAGGCCAGGGCAAAGGCCAAGACCCGCUCCUCUCGGGCCGGACUCCAGUUCCCCGUCGGCCGUGUCCACAGGCUGCUGAGAAAGGGCAACUACGCCGAGCGUGUCGGUGCCGGAGCUCCCGUCUACCUGGCGGCGGUGCUCGAGUACCUGACCGCUGAGAUCCUGGAGCUGGCGGGAAACGCCGCCCGUGACAACAAGAAGACCCGCAUCAUCCCCCGCCACCUGCAGCUGGCUGUCCGCAACGACGAGGAGCUCAACAAGCUGCUCGGCGGAGUCACCAUCGCUCAGGGAGGCGUGCUGCCCAACAUCCAGGCGGUGCUGCUGCCCAAGAAGACCGAGAAGCCCGCCAAGGCCAAGUAAACUCAGCCCACUCCAACUGAACAAACGGCUCUUUUAAGAGCCACACACUUACACUUUAAGAGCUCAUUCCUUUAUUGAAAGUCAAAGUACACACAAACAAUGUAAGACAUAAUACCACUUUAUUAAUCCCAUAUGAAUAUAAAUGUCCCCACAGUUUAUAUUAAAAAUAAAUGCCACCAAAUACCAAUGUACAUAAGGUAUUUUUUAUCCAUAUGUACUACCAGUAUACUAUAAUAUACUGCAGUGAUAUAAUUCCAACGAUGUUUUCAGAAUAAUCCCUUAUGUUGAUUUAUUAAUUUACUCAUGUCUUAGUAUUUCUACACAUUUUGUUCUUAUUAUUGUCUUAACAGUAAAAAACAAAAACAAAACAUGUUGCUGUUUGAGUUGCUGAACUGAUGCUCAUCUCCCUCAGUUUGACCUCCUUCCUUUUGCAGAGUGUUGUUGAUGUUUAACUGUUAUUUCAUGUGUUUUGUUAAUUUGAAAAUACCUUUUCACUGUUGAUGCCGCCUUCUGCAAAAUGAAAUGAGGAUUAUAUGCUAUUGAAAAUUGGCUUCUGCUUGUAUAGUGUUUGUAAAGAUGAAAACUAUCAGUCUUUGAAUCUGGGAAGUUUUACAUAUUCAGUCAAUUUCAUAUAAAUAGUAAGAAGGUUUGUGAAAUAAUUACAGGAGGUGAUGAUGGUGUGCAAGAAGUUGAUCUUUGGGAUUUUAACAAUGAAAAGUGUGUGGUGAGUUUAAGAUAUUAACCAAUGUCAGAAUUACAAAUUACUAAUAAUUUAAGACAAUUGAAAGAAGAAUAAACAAAAUCUUGGACAGCUAUUUUUAUCAUUCAAGCUUCAAUUAUUGUUGAAUCAGCUCAUGGCAGAAAGUUUAUCUUUAUAAAGUUCAUGGUUUUUUAUUUGGAUGUGUGAAACAUGAAAAAGAACAUUUAAAUUGAAAAAUAUCAAAAUAGAAUAUUAAUAUCCAUUAAAUUAUUCUUACACUCUCAGUUUAAAUUUGCCUGAAUAUUUCAAAAUC